UCAUUACAUUAGCUGCAGUAUUAUUAUAUGUGUAUAGACGUAUUUCAUUCUCUACCUCUCAUCGCUAGUCACAGAUAUGUGAUUAGUUAACUUCGACCAUUAAGAUUUCUUUGCACUAUUAUGAAAAGAGACCUUUGGUCAUAAUUAUAAUUAUAUAAAUACAAUAGUAAAUAAACGAAAGAGCAGAGAGAAAUACGAAAUAAAUAUUAAAUAUAUUUUAUGUAUCGAUAGUUUGAUAGUACAAAUUGUAUUAUAAAAAUGUCUAUGUUACGUGCCGUGUCAUUCAGGUGUCACAGUCAUUUUUCAACAAUUUCAAGAUAUGUCUUGCAAGGAAAGAGUCAGAAUGUAUGGAAAGUAGCAAAACAAGAAUUUACAAAGGUUGCUCAACAAAGUGUUAAAGAAAGUACAAAUGACUCUAAGCUUAUUUCAUUAAUUUUUAAGUUUGGCUUUGGUGGACUUGGAGUAACGACUGCUUGUCUCUUAAAGCCAUGUAAUCAAAUAGUAAUCUGUAGAGAAGCUAAGAUAGUAAGUGACAUAAAAUCUGAAAAUCCUGAACUGACCUUCAAAUGGAAAAAAUUUUUUAAAUAUUUGUAUCCACAUAUUUGGUAUUUAGUGAUAGCACUAUCAAGUGCAAUAAUAGUUGCAGUGUUGAACAUUCAAAUUCCACAAUCCGUUGGAAGCAUUAUAAAUGUACUGACAAAAAUUUGUCAAAGUAAAAAUGAUUCCACAAAAAAUGUUAUUUUGCAACUUGCUCAACCUGCUUUUAUCUUGGCACGCAUGUAUAUUGCACAAGCUUUUUUUACAUUUUUAUAUAUUUAUACACUUUCACAUGUUGGUGAAAGAAUUGCAGUGAAUUUACGUCAGGAUCUAUUCAAGUCCAUUAUUAUGCAGGACGUGUCGUUCUUUGACAAAACACGUACUGGUGAAAUAGUAAGUCGAUUGACCAGUGAUAUUCAAGACUUUAAAAGCUCAUUUAAAAUCUGCAUUUCUCAAGGUUUGAAAAGCUGUACGCAAAUUAUUGGUUGUAUCAUCUCUGUAAUAGCAAUAUCACCAGAAUUAGCCACUGUUGUGGUGUUCAAUUUACCAACGAUAAUUUUUGUUGGUACUCUACUUGGCCGAAGUUUGCGAAAGUUAUCGAUGGAAGCACAGAAUCAAGUUGCAAAAUCGACUGCUGUUUGCGACGAGGCUAUACAAAACAUUCGAACGGUAAGAGCUUUCGCCGCGGAGGAAAAAGAGGUGGAAAUGUUUUGCAAGGAGUUUGAGCGUUCUUCCGAACUGUAUGAGAAAUUAGGUCUAGGCAUAGGCUUCUUCCAAGCAGGAACCAAUUUAUUGGUCAACGGUAUUUUACUUUCCACGCUAUAUUUCGGCGGUCAGUUACUUUCCACAGGAUUUUUGACUCCAGGAGAUCUCAUGGCAUUUUUAAUGGCCACACAAACCGUACAGAAGUCUCUGGGCCAAUUAUCGGUACUUUUCGGAACUUACAUGAGGGGAAUCAGCGCGGGUGCCAGAGUUUUUCAAUAUUUGGAUAUGCCACCUUCGCCAAUGAUGAUCGGAGGCGACAUAAUCACGGAUCAAUCUCUGGCGGGGGAUAUAGUUUUCAAAAACGUGAAGUUCAGUUAUCCUACUAGACCUGAUCACGCUAUCUUAAAAGACUUCAACUUGCACAUUCCUGCUGGGAAAACAGUGGCUAUUGUCGGUACCAGUGGUAAUGGAAAAUCGACUGUGGCUGCGUUACUAGAAAGAUUUUACGAUGUGGAUGAAGGUUCUAUUAUUAUUGACGGCCAAGAUAUCAGAUCACUCAACUCGAGCUACCUCAGAGGCAGUGUUUUGGGCUUCAUAAAUCAAGAACCUACUCUAUUCGCUACCAGCAUCAUGGAAAACAUUAGAUAUGGGAAGCAAGACGCGACAGAUGAAGAGGUUAUUGAGGUAGCUAAAGAAGCGAAUGCACAUAAUUUUAUAACAAAAUUCCCGGACGGAUACGCGACCGAAGUUGGCGAGAGGGGUAUACAGCUCUCAGGUGGACAAAAGCAACGAGUUGCUAUUGCCAGAGCUCUAUUAAAACAGCCAUCCAUCUUAAUUCUCGACGAAGCUACAAGCGCAUUGGAUUAUGAGAGCGAGAGGGUUGUUCAAAAAGCGAUAGAAAAUGUUACGAAAGGUAGAACGGUGUUGGUGAUUGCGCAUAGAUUAAGCACCAUUAAAAAUGCUGACAUAAUCGUCGUGUUACAACGCGGUGUAAUUGUGGAGAUGGGUUCGCACUCGAAACUAAUCGAUCGGAAAGGCGUUUAUUACACGCUCGUUAACGAACAAGAAAAAGAGAACAUGUAAUAUUAGUAACAUUUAGAACGAAUUACUUUUGAUACAGCUAUGAUCAAUAUUAUCAUAUCAGGUAUCACUGGUUCUUAUUUUCCUGGAAUCCGUAGGGUAAUUUUUCUUUUUCUCUUGUACAUCUCUAUAUGUGCGUGUAGAAAAUCAUUUUAUUGACGUAACUUGGUGAUGACUACCUCAGAGAUGGAUAAAGAAGUACUAGAAAUAAUAAUAAUAAAUUAUUAUUUUAUCUAUAUA